CCAACACGACGAAGUACCUGAAGCAGGCUCUCUACAUGCUUCGGUCCUCCGUCGAUGCUGCGAAGAAGGAGCACGCCGAGCUCAAGGCAAGAGCGGUGGCUGCAGAGAAGAAUGCAACGGAGGUGACCGGAAGGGCGACGAAGUCGGUCCAAACGGACACCUGCAUGUUUGCAGCGGUUUGCGCCUCCGGGUCAGCCGCAAAAAGAGCAAGGCAGUCUCCGGGGGAAGCCCCCGAGAACAGCAAGAAACGGUUGGUUGUGCUAAGCCCGCGAGAUAGCACACCAACGGCCUCCAAGUCCGCCGAAAAGUCUGCCGAAGUGGCAGCUACGGGAAACCCUUGGGUUACAGUGGGAGGAAGGAAGCGCCAAAAAGACAGCAAGCGCAACGACGAGAAGGCGACAGAUCGUCCAAAAAUGGGAAAGAAGGCGCGAAGCAGGGGCGACGCCCUCAUACUCAAGACGGAGGGGUCCAAGUACUCCGAAGUCUUGAAGAAAAUGAGAGGCGAAACCCAGCUCAAGGAUCUGGGAGCGGAUGUGCGGACCAUACGUCGUUCUCGCACCGGCGAGAUGAUCCUUGAGCUCCGUAAGGAUGCUAAAAACAAGGGCGCUGCCUACAAGACGGUAGCCGAGCAGGUCCUCGGGAAAGAUGUGCAAAUUCGGGCACUCACCUCAGAGGUGACUCUCCAGCUCAAAAACCUGGAUGAAAUCACCGAGAGGUGCGAUAUUGCACAGGCCCUCAAGGAGAAGUGCGAAGUGGAAAUAGCCACUGAGGUAAUUCGCCUCCGAAAGGGUCCAGCGGGGACCCAGGUGGCCACUUUCCGGCUUGCAUCGGCCGAUGCAACUCUGGCCCUGAAGACAGCCAAACUUAAGGUUGGCUGGUCAGUAUGUCCCCUGAGCAUACUCCAGCAGCCGGACGUUUGCUUCAGGUGUUUCGAGGGAGGACACAAGUCCUGGACCUGCAAGGGGCCCGAUAGGAGCCAGUUAUGUAGGCGUUGUGGUGGUGCUGGCCAUAAAGCUAAAGACUGCGGGGAGCCUCCCAAGUGCUUGGUAUGUACUGGAAAACGGGACGCCAAGCACUUUAUGGGAGGCCCACGGUGCCCAGCCGGUAAGGCGGCCACGAAACCACGGGCGUGA